AUGGAGGAUACUUACACUUUCAUAUAUGUGCCGAACCGAGAGUUCAAUACUUUUAAAAAGAAAGACGUAGCCGAACUGUUAAUGAAAUGGUCAAUGAAAGACAAUCUCAGAUUUCAGACCUACUGCUUCAAUCAGCCAUUUCAAACGUAUCGGAAAAAUGAUUUGAUAGAAGCAUUUCUUAAGGAUCAGACUGUGAUAGCGUCAUUGGAUUGCUUCCAACAAUAUUGGAAACCUCGCGGAAUUGCUGCAGAUACUGUUGAAAUUAAACAAGUUCCUUGUACUGUAACAUCGAUGUCAUUUUUUGAUCCUCUUCUUGACAGUGAUAAUGGAGUUGUAAGAGGUGAUGGCUGGAUUUCAAAGUGCAUGAUUUAUUCUAUAGAUGGUUUCGAAAUAUAUGAUGAACUUGGAAAGGUACUUCUGGAUAGUGAAAGUGAAAAUUAUGAUAUCUUUUCUGAACAGGAGCGGGGACAGUUUAUUUUCCAGAUCUUUAAGCAUCUCUGUCUUGGAGGAAAAUGGUGCCAAUAUGAAGAUAACAUAAAUCCCUACUUGGAAACAACAAAGUUAAUAUACAAAGAUCUGCUAAGGGUACAUAAAGACAGUACAAACAAGAAGUUAUAUAUAUCAUCUUUAGUAUUCAGAGUAGUUGCAAGAGACAAAAAUGGUAUUGCUUAUUUUCCGUGCAAUCCUGACAACAUCCAGAAUUUUGCAUACUUGAUAAUCGACCCACCAGAAAGAAAGAUCACUACUGUCACACAUAAUUAUGGUGGAAAUUUCAGUUCCUAACAAGACAUAUUAUCUAAACAGCUGACUAAGAACCUCUCAGCCUUCUACCAUCUUGGACACAUGAUAUUCUGGUUGUCAUGGUGGGAUGGUAGAAUCCUACCUACUGCGCGUCACAUGUUUGUGUGUGCAGGUUUAAAAUCAGUCGCACGAAGAAAGGAGACGCGGCGGACGAACGGCACCAACAAGUACCUCUCGGGCAAUCCAUAGAUGUUUUAGUGUGCGUGUAAGAAAGAACCAUGGAAUUUAUAUGCAGGUCUGUGCUAAUUGGGUCACUGACUAUUAUUAUUAAAACAAA